GGGAAGUGCGUCAAUCCGUGGCUAGCAGUCUGGGACUAAGGUUACGCGCAGUUCGGAAGCAGGUAGUCUCGUGCGCUCUCGCUGUGAUGAAGGCGGUGGCGACUGUGUGCGCCAGCACGGGCGCAAGCGUGGGCGGCGUGUCGAACGGGCGGGUGCAUCGGCAGCGGCGCGACGUCGAGAACGAGGAGAUUCAGAUGUACAUCUCCAAGCUGAAGGAGCUGGUGCCGUUCAUCCCGAAGAACCGCAAGAUCUCGAAGCUGGAGGUGAUCCAGUGCGUGAUCGACUACAUCUGCGACCUGCAGUACGCGCUGGAGACGCACCCGAGCGUGGCGUCUGUGGUGAGCAGCGCGAUGGCCACGCCCUCGCUGGCGGCCGCGAGACACGCCCCUUCCUGCUCGGCGCCGCGACAGCCCCUGGGCGUGCUGGCGCCCAACACGAUCCUGCCCUGCGCCAGCCCGGAGCUCGCGCCAGCGGCUUCCAGUCACGCGGAGAAGGCGACGCCCUCCGACAGCAGGCCGGUGUCGUGCUGAGCUCAGCGCCCCUGGCGGCGGGGAGCGACACCACGCCACUCCGUCGCGCGUGAACAGACCGUUGCACCUGUUCCUGACUUUCGUUGUCUUUUGUGUUAACUUCACUUAUGUUACGUGCGUGUACAGAUCUCAAGAGGAGGCUUGCGUGUACGAGGACAAGGGAGCAUACUUCACGGUGUGUCGCAUAAUCGUGGCACUUGACUGAAACCUUUGUUUACUCAAUGAGAACCAAUGCAAAGUACACUUUCUAGACUGUAAAUGUGGUGAUCUUUAUAAUGCAAGAUAUAUAUUUUUUUUGUUAUUUGAAACUUCUAAGGUUGAAAUAGGGACGCAGGGUAUAUUUCCUAAAGUUUAUUUAUAUUUUUCACGAUCAAACUGUUUGACCAUUCCUUCGGAUUAGUUUGUGUAUUUAUCUUGUCUGCCAUGAAUACUAUAUACUAUUGGUUUUUCUUCUCUGUGUACACGCACUUUUUUAAUCGGUACCUGUUUUCAGUUGUGACUGUGGAAUAUCGUGUAAACUAUUUGUGUUUCCAGUUCAAGUCCCAGAAUACUUUCUCCUGUGUGUUUGUUUGCACCAGUUUCAUUUGAGUGAAUGUGGUGUGCCUGUAAUUAAGAGCGAGAAUGUGGCUACAUGAGGCUACGUGUCUACGUGAGUGUGGCACCAUUCGGCAUAUUAAUUCUCAAUUAGUGUAUAGGGUGUGUUGAGAGUUUAGUGACUCUCAAUAUACUUUUGAUCUGUUUAAAUUACCAAGAAACAAGCAGCUUGGUUAGAAAUCUCACGUGAUAUAUUGAAUGAGUGUUUUAUUUAAAAUGCAAUUUGUGUUGUUACCUUCUGGGUACACAUAAAAAGAAUCCAGACUUAUUUGAUAGAUGCAUAUGAAUAUAAAUUGUGUUGUUGUUGCACAUAAAGAUGUGAAAUAGAAUUUUCACUGAAUAUUAUUGUUACUUGUGAAGAAGUAUUAGAUGUUAUGUUGUCUGUGAUGUUAAGUUCUUUAUUUUUUUAUUAUGUACAAAUGUAUAGAGUAUCUUAUAAAUGAAUUAUUACGAAAUUAUUAAUAUGUAUUUUUUUCUAUCUUGGCACACUGACAUUUAUUUGAAAAUAUUGUUGUGUAAAGUACUUUGUAUGUCGGAAAUUCUACGUAAACAAAAAUAUAUAAAAAUACAUAUUACAAAUUCAA